UAAAAUCCGAGGAAGGUGGAGGAAGGUGCGAGACCGUAUAGAUCAGCACUUAUACCACACACAACUUUUUAGGACAACUUGGGAACAAAGAAUUAUAGAUUCUUCUUUUAUUUUAUUUUAGAACUGCGAAGUUGGCGAGUUAAUGUUUUGAAGUUUUUAAGACGUUAUCAUUAAUGAAUCGGGGGCAUCGGACUCUUAAAUAUUUCUUUCGUCUUCGCAGUCAGCCUGUUCACCUUCGUCUUCAAUUCGUGUUACCCGCUGGUCUUAGGAGGUUCACAAGGUUGCAUUACCGCGCCAAGUCUCCCUUACCCAUUUGUCCAAUACCUUGACAAUAUCUUGGCAGGUCAUGUCCCAAGAUAAGACAGCCUCUGCCCUCGAGGCAAACGAGACGGCAGUCUCCCAGCCUGCCGACUCUCAAGGUGGCAUCCCCCAAGAUGUUAACCUCGCGGAUUACACUCGCGAGCAGGAGGCCCGUGUGGUCCGCAAGUUGGACUGGAACUUGAUGUCGCUCUUCUUCGUACUAUACAUGCUGGCCUACCUCGACCGUGGUAACAUAGGCAAUGCUAGAAUCGCCGGCAUGGCAAAAGAUCUCGAUCUUGAUGGCAAUCGAUACCAGUGGCUGCUCAACAUCUUCUACAUUGCCUACAUCGUCUUUGAGUUUGGUGUCCUAAUGUGGAAGAUCUUUCCUCCUCACCUUGUUGGCGCUAUUGUCGUCUUUGGCUGGGGUUUGAUUGCUACGGUCCAAGCUGGUGUCCAUAAUUGGAGCGGUGAGAUGGCUCUAAGAUUCUUCCUCGGUGCCUUCGAAGCUUUCUACGGACCAGGCAUCAUCUACCUCCUUUCGUUCUUCUAUCUUCGACACGAGAUUAGCUUCCGAUGUGGUAUCUUCGCCUCUGCAGCUCCGCUGGCCUCAACAUUCGCAGGUGCUCUGGCCUAUGGCAUCACAAGCGGACACUCGCACCUUGCUAACUGGCGUCUACUCUUCCUCGUCGAAGGAUUGCCAACUAUUCUUAUGGCCAUAUUUGCCUUCUUCUUCAUCCCUGAUUCUGCGGAGAAAGCCAGAUUCUUGACGGCAGAAGAAAAGGAUAUUGUCAGAUCCAGGGCCAUGCGCCAAGUCGGCACCAACGCGAAUGCCAGAAUCGGAGGGUUUAAGAUCACGGACCUUUUGCCGGUAUUCACGGAUUUGAAGGCUUGGUUGUGUGGACUGAUGUACUUCUGUGGCAAUGUUACUUACUCCAGUCUGCCAGUUUUCCUUCCGACUAUCCUCCAAGACAUGGGUUACACUGCUAUUAAUGCGCAAGGUUUAUCCGCUCCUCCGUCCUUUGCGGCCUUUUUGUUCGCCUUGAUUACGACAUGGGUCGCAGACAAAACUCAGCAGAGAUGCAUCGUCCUCAUGGUUACUUCGAUUGUGGGAGGAGUCGGUUACAUUAUCCUUGCUACUGUUGAGACUGUUGGCGUUCGUUACUUCGCGACCUUCCUGGCAUCGGCUGGAGUCUUCUCUACCAUUCCUAACAUCCUCGGGCUGACUUUAAAUAACCAAGGUAGCGAUACCCGACGUGGAAUGUCCAUCGUUCUCAUCAACGUAGUCGGCCAGUGUGGACCUUUUCUAGGAACCAAUGUUUUUCCUACGAGUGAUGGCCCCGGAUUCACUAAAGGUAUGAGCAUUUGCGCUGCAUUUAUGUUCUUCUCAGCAUUCCUGGCGUUCUCCCAACGUCUACUUUUGAUGUGGGAGAACAUCAAGCUCGACCAAAAGUACGGCACCAUCACCAAGGAUAAGACAACCGCGAAAUCCAAGGAGGUUGCCGCGGAAAACUACGGCCCCAACUUCAGAUACGUGCUUUGAGAUGAUUCAAGAUUAUAGGCCUGCCAAGCAGUCUAAAAUCGCUGAUUUAAUACCCCCCUUUCCAGCAUAGCCUUUCGAUUAGAUAGAGACUACUAAAAUAGG